UCUUUGCUUAUCGAGUUAGUCUUUUAUGGUCACUGUUCAUUGAUUGUUUUUAUAUUGUGAUUCUUAUUAAUUCGUUUUUAUUUGAUAAUUAACCGUUAAAUCUAAAUUAUGCGUGAAAUAUGUCACUUACAAGCUGGCCAAUGUGGCAACCAAAUUGGAGCCAAGUUCUGGGAAGUAAUUUCAGACGAACACGGUAUUGACCCAACUGGUUCUUAUCAUGGAGAUUCGGAUUUACAACUUGAACGUAUUAAUGUUUAUUAUUCUGAAGCUCUUGGCGGCAAAUAUGUACCUCGUGCUAUAUUAGUGGAUCUUGAACCGGGUACGAUGGAUUCUGUACGUGCCGGCCCUUUCGGGCAAAUAUUCCGUCCGGAUAACUUUGUAUUUGGACAGUCAGGUGCCGGAAAUAAUUGGGCAAAAGGUCAUUAUACAGAAGGCGCUGAAUUAGUUGAUUCCGUUUUGGAUGUUGUUAGGAAGGAAGCUGAGAGUUGUGAUUGUUUACAAGGAUUUCAGCUAACGCAUUCAUUAGGAGGUGGUACCGGGUCAGGUAUGGGUACGCUGCUUAUAUCAAAAAUACGUGAAGAGUACCCUGAUCGCAUAAUGACGACAUAUAGUAUUGUUCCUUCUCCUAAAGUAUCAGAUACUGUAGUGGAACCAUACAACUCUACCCUGUCGGUUCAUCAACUGGUGGAAAACACGGAUGAAACUUUCUGUAUUGAUAAUGAGGCACUUUAUGAUAUCUGCUUUAGAACACUAAAACUUACCACUCCCACUUACGGUGAUCUUAAUCACUUGGUUUCCGCAGCAAUGUGUGGUGUAACCACUUGUUUCCGGUUUCCCGGUCAGUUGAACUCAGAUCUUAGAAAGUUAGCAGUCAACAUGGUACCAUUCCCUCGCUUACACUUUUUUAUUUGUGGAUUUGCUCCACUGACAUCUCGAGGCAGCCAACAGUACAGAGCGUUAACUGUACCAGAGCUCGUUCAGCAGAUGUUUGACGCAAAAAAUAUGAUGGCCGCGUGUGAUCCUAGACAUGGUCGUUAUCUAACGGCAGCCAGUAUAUUCCGCGGUCGCAUGUCUAUGAAGGAGGUGGAUGAGCAGAUGCUGAACGUUCAAACAAAGAACUCGGCGUACUUUGUUGACUGGAUACCUAACAAUACCAAAACGGCCGUUUGCGACAUACCACCUAGGGGAUUAAAGAUGUCAUCAACAUUUAUCGGUAAUACCACAGCAAUUCAAGAAAUGUUUAAACGCGUUUCCGAGCAGUUUACGUCAAUGUUCCGUCGGAAAGCGUUUUUGCAUUGGUAUACGGGCGAAGGUAUGGACGAAAUGGAAUUUACAGAAGCUGAAUCUAACAUGAACGAUCUGGUGUCUGAGUAUCAACAGUAUCAAGAAGCUACCGUGGAAGGAGAUGAUGAAGGGGAUGAAGACGAAGAAGCAGAAGCUUAACACACUUGUUAGUUUAUAAGAUACAAGUUUUUUGUAGUUUUCAUCCAAUUAAUAUAAUAUGUGUAUUGACAAGGAAUCUGAUAAAUAUUUGUACAUUCUCAUUA